AUGCUGGGAGCCCACUGGCUAGAAAGUGGCUUUGCUGAGAAGAUACUUGGAGCAGAAGUUAUCCAGGAGGUGGACAACAAGAUGACGAUGAGCCAGCAAUGCGACCUCAUGGCAAAAAAGGCGAGCAGCCUCCAGGGCUACAUUAGUAAGCGCGUUGCCAGCACGUCAAGGGACGUGAUCCUCCUUCUCUUCAGUGUUGAUAAGAGUCCCUCUGUUGCAAUUAAAAGCAGACAACAAGCUACUCAUGAUAUUAAUAAACGACGGACCCUUUUGCAAGAUAACAGCUGGAUAAAGAAAAGGCCUGAAGAGGAAAGUGCUGAUGAAAACUAUGGAAGGGCUGUGCUUAAUCAAUACAAAUCCCAAGAUAGCCUACACAGCAGUAGCACAAGUGAAAAGGAAGAUCAGAAAGCUGUACUUGGACGAUACAGGUCUGAUACUACGUUGGACAGAAUUCCAGCCAGAAGUGAUAUUGAUAAAAUAAAUAAGUCCCCAACUCUGAAUAAUAAGCAAAGCAACAGGCAAUCUUGGAUGCCUCCCCCAGUUUUGAGUAAUAAGACCACGACAGAAACAGUGGAAACCAAACAGACCACUUCAGAAAAUUCAGAGGCUGCAACAACGGCUGCCUUUUCACUAGAACAGGUGACCCCUCAGAAAUCGAAGACUGAUGUGGAUGAUCAAGCUGCAGCAAGAGAUGAGGACCUUGGUGAUCACACUGAAGUCAAAUCUGUUGAUGAUCAAAGUAAAAAGCGUUGCAUGUCAAGUUUGUGGCAGGGAAAACUGGAGGAGACAAGUUUCCUUUGUUUGAAUCGUGAUCCUGCUUUAUAUGGUGCCUAUGAAGAAAAUAUAACUGGAAAUACUAUCAAAACUGUUUACUCUACUUCUGAUCGGAGUAUAAUUGGAAAAGAUAUAUGUACAUACUGCAGGAAGCCCUUGGGCAUAGAUGCCAAAAUGAUCUUAGAUGCCUUGCAAAUUUGCUGUCAUUCGACUUGCUUCAAGUGUGAAGUAUGUAAAAGACCACUGGAAGACCUGAAAGCUGGAGACAGCAUUUGGAUUUACAGACAAACUGUGCACUGUGAACCUUGCUAUUCCAAAGUUAAAG